CAGUUUCUCACGAUACACACCUAGUGGAAAAUUGUUUGCGGGAGGGAGUAUAUGAUUGCCCAUCUGAAACUUAAAAAGGUGGCUCACGCCAAAUGCGUAACAAAAUUCUAUUUAACCCUAAACCCCAAAUUUAAAUUAUUAUUGUUCUCUAAUUUAAUUUGGACCCGACCCGGCUAAGAUCCCACCUCCAAUCCUUUGCCAUUCGGAAUUCGGAUUCAUCAUCAAUUAUCAUCCCUUCCUCCGGUGGCUGUGAAUUGUUGCGGUGGCAUGGAUUUGGCGGUCGCCGGCGGGGAUGAGAAGGAGAUCCGGUUAUUGAGAGCCAAUUCGGAGAGGGAUCCUCUUCGCGUGAAGAGAAAGACCUUGGAGACGGUGCUCCAACAGUGCCAGAGAGCUCUUGAGCUCCUCAAUUCCUCCGGAUGUACUGAGGAAGAAGACGAAGAUUAUGUGGGAGAUGCUAGGAAGGAGGCUGUAGCGGAAAAUGGUCAGAGCUCAUUCACGCCCUCUUCUGAUGCCGAGGCCGAAGAGUUAUGUGAUCUCCUGAAAUCUAGAGUUGAUAGCCCAGAUUUCCUUCAAAAGCUAGAGACUGCCCAAGCAUCAACGCCACAAAACAUCGCUGAAGAAGGCAAUUCAUGGGACAUGGUCAGCGACGAUGAUCUGUGGGAAGGUGCAAAUCCUGAGUUGGACAAUGAAGAUUAUGUAUUAGUUCGACAAGAAGACAUAGUGGAGGGUAUAGCAUGUUUCAUGGCUGCAUAUCUGUUGUCACUUAAACAGGCCAAGGACCUGACACCGACCCAACUGCAGGAAGCUCUCAGCAAGACUUUCUCUUUAAAAAAGAAGAAAGGGAAAUUUCGUAAGGCGUGGGAUGGAAGCAAAGUCAUUUAUAAUGUAGCAUCUUGGGGGGCGACAGCAAUUGGAAUAUACCAAAACCCUGCGAUUCUUAGAGUUGCCACAUCAGCAUUCUGGACGUCAUGCCACAUUAUAUCAAAGCUGUUCUAAACAGUGCAUUGCAAAUAGGCUGAGAGGAGAAAGUUUGUUUGUUUGAUGAUAUUGCAGAAGGGUGAGUGUAGUUAGGGGCUCAGGCUUUACUGACUGAAUGCCUGUAUUAACAAACCCAGAAUUGGUAUUGACACAGCAAGACCUCUUAUUUUCAUUUAUUCCUGUAAAUAUGUGGCGAAGCCCCUUCAAUUGAAUUAUGCCCUUUGUGUGUAUAAAAACUUGUUUGCCUCGUUUCAUUUUUCUUCUUGGUGCAAGGUUACACAUUAAUUAGGUUUAGAUUUGUUAUUUGUCCCUGCAAAACAUUAAAGCAUAUAAUUUACAUACAAAUGAUCCUUAUCC